AUGGGGUCGGCUUACAACCAUGAUGGCGAGCCGAGUCCUCUUUCGUCGCCGUUAGGACCCCUCUCUGAGUCGCCCGAAUCCGAGGGUGUACUGGACACACUUUCUUUACAGACGGACCACCUCAUAGACUCGGCGGACAGUGUUUCUUCGGGAUAUGACACUCUUUCCAGAUCUCCGUUAUUCGAGAACGGUCCAACUGGGCUGGAUCGUAUACGUCAAAACCAGCCCUCACGAGUAUUAACCCUCCCAAAUAUGUCUUCCUCAUCGCUAUCGCUAGCUCCCAUGGCUGGCCAGCGCCCCGCCCCCUCUCCCCGAUCUCGAUCCUCAUCUCGAGCUCACACUGGCAAUUUGGCGAGCCGAAGUUUCACGGAUCUAGAAGACCUACACAGGUUUCCACUGGAGUCGCUACAUUCCUUUUCCUUUGCUCAACAAUCCGAGGAAUUCCUCCACACUCGUCAAAACAUUCUCAAGAGAUCUAUUGAUUUCAUGCGCGACCGGAUGGGAUGGGCCGCAAGCAAUGCCGCGAUCGCCAACGCACAAGCAAACGCCAGCGGAGAUACGGAGAUGCAAGGUAUGAUGGAGCUUUUGGCCCGAGCAAAUAUGCUCGAAACCCAGGAAAACCAAAUCCAUGGUCGUGGACCCAUCACCGGACCCGCAGAGAUUAAUCGCGACAAUAUCUUUGAGAAGGCCUUCUCAGAUGGCAGUUCCUCUCCGGUCAGCACCCGAGAUGCACCCCAGGAUUCCACCCUCUCGGGGUCACAUCCCUCGGACAGCUCCCAAUUGUUGAUCCCGACGCCUAGCGAUCGUAUCUCCAGCCAAAGGAGGGACCUGGUCUCUGCACCUACGUCAAGGCGCGUAAGCUUAAAACGUACAUACACGGACCUGUGCUCUGUCUCUCUCAGGAGCAAGCUGAUGGAAACUCUAGCACAACCAUACACCUCUUCCACGGAUACUUUCGCCCCGCUUAGCUCCUCGACUGCUGGAUUGGGAUUCCAGAUCCCUGUCCUCCACGCGCAUAGCAACAAAUGGACCCCGGCUUCCCAGGCCGUGUUCAGGACCGAAGCCCAAGCACCAUGGACCAUUCUGGCCGCUAAUGAUCUUUCAUGUCUCAUCUUUGGUGUUCUUCAGUCCGAAGUUCGCCGUCUCAGUAUCCUAGAGGUUGUACAGAAGGAGCAUCAGGAAUGGCUCAAGGCCAAGCUUCGAGAUCCAAGCACUGAUGCCGCCGCCCGCAUGCCACUUCAGCCCGAAAGAGCCAACAUCUCCGCUGUAAAUCCCAAGUUCCGAGGUCUUGGGAAUGGAGUGACAGCACAACUUCUCAACAAACCAUCUUCACGAGAAAAGUCCCGGAGAGCGCAAACUGAUGACGGCUAUGGCUCCAGCACGAGAAAUCCCCGGAACAACCACCCGGCCAAUAAGUCCCGCGGAGUCUUGCUGUGUGGUGAUGUGGUCCCGAUUCAGAAGCGCAACGGAUCACGCGGGUCUGCUAGCGUCUGGGUUAUGGAAAAGCGAGGUGGCCUGAUCUGGGUCCUAGAGGAGAUCACAGAGAAUAUUGCCUCCAUCCAGUGUGACGAUUCAUGGAACGUCGUGAGUGCCAAAGGUGAAGUCGAAAAGAUCUGGGGCCCGUCUGUCGUUCAAACAGGCCAGUCGAUCACCGACCUUUUACCCUGUUUGCCAUCGGAAUCUCUUGAGACACCCCCCGAGAAGGGACUGGCGAAAAUCGUGGAGUUGAAGCACUUUGCCGCCCGCACCGCUGCUGGCGUUUGUAUUCCUGUCGCCGUCGGCAAGGGAGAAGGAGAUCACACUCUCCAAGUCUCCAGCUUUCCCCAUGUCGCAGGCAUGAUGGUGCUCUCGUCCUCGUCAUUGGACGUGAUCAGCUCCAAUUCUGUGUUCUCUUCAGUCCUAUUUGGUCAAGAAAGACCAGAGGGGCUCCACUUCACUGAACUUGUACCCGAUUUCGAUGAGAUUCUAGACGUUUUGACCGAGGAGGACAAUGUGCCACUGGUUGAUGGUAUUGUCAUACCCGAACACAGCUUCCGACGGGCACGGACACUUUCCAUUCUCCGCGACGGAAAAGCAAAUGCCGCCUCUGUAUUCACAGAGCCAAGUGGCUUGCUUGCCAAGCAUCGGGAUGGCUCGACCAUUGUUGUGGAUAUUCAACUGCGUGUGGUUAAGAGCGGUACCUUCUUCUCAAAGGACAAGACCGAGAAAAGCAGCGAUCGCACCAGCGACUCUGAUGACAGUGACGAUACCAUUGCAGUCACAGAGUUGGUCUAUGCUUUGUGGAUAACUUACUCGAGACAGCUCCACGCUGCUGGACCCGCUGCUGGGCUUUCGCCAUCAUCUGUACCAAGCUCUAAGCCUACCUCGCCCACACAUGAUCCUGAUGCGGAUCGCCCGUUAGACGCCGGCACUGAUACCCAGACUGUGGAAAAUCGCAACAAUUCCGUGGAGAUCCAAACCCCGACGUCAACACUCAGUCAACAACUCAGUGAGGCUGCUUCUGAGCCUCUUACCACCCGUCCCGUACAGCCAGUUCCUCAGGUUGAGGCUGCCAAUGCGAAGAACGACCCUCCGGCCAAACGAACGAUCAACGACUACGUGAUUCUCGAAGAGAUGGGACAAGGCGCCUACGGCCAAGUCAAGCUGGCACGUUUAAAGAAGCAGCCUACCAAGAAGAUGGUAUUGAAAUUUGUCACAAAGAAGCGGAUCCUAGUGGAUACGUGGACUCGUGAUCGGCGACUGGGUACUGUGCCAUUAGAGAUCCACGUUCUGAACUUCCUGCGGCGGGAUGGGCUCAAGCACCCUAACAUUGUGGAGAUGGAAGGCUUCUUUGAAGAUGAUAUCAAUUACUACAUUGAAAUGACACCUCAUGGACUCCCGGGGAUGGACCUGUUCGAUUAUAUCGAACUCAAAGCCAACAUGGACGAGUCGGAGUGCCGCAACAUCUUCAAACAAGUUGCGAGCGCCGUUAAUCAUUUACACACCAAAGCACUGGUGGUACAUCGUGACAUCAAAGAUGAGAAUGUGGUUCUCGAUGGAGAGGGACGGAUCAAGUUGAUCGACUUUGGAAGUGCGGCCUACAUCAAAAACGGGCCGUUUGAUGUCUUUGUUGGCACCAUUGAUUAUGCCGCCCCCGAGGUCUUACAGGGCCGGUCGUAUCGAGGCAAGGAACAGGACAUCUGGGCUCUGGGCAUUCUUCUUUAUACGAUCGUCUACAAAGAGAACCCGUUCUACAACGUUGAUGAGAUCCUUGACCACCCCCUCCGAAUUCCCUUCCUUCCUUUCUCGGAAGAUUGCAUUGACCUCAUCCGCACGAUGCUCGAUCGCGAUGUGGAUAACCGACUUACCAUUACUGAAGUACUUGAGCACCCCUGGAUGGUGGGGGCUUGA